GGCGAAGCUUUGAUCCUCGUCAUAUUUCUCUUCUUCUUCUUAUAUUUGGGAUAUAUCUUGUUGCUGUUGUUGUUGUUGUUCUUCUUGUUGUAUCUUCUAUCUCUAUCUUGUAUUCUCACCAUGCAACUCCCCAUACCAUCCCCCGAGGACUACGACAUCUCCCUCUCCACCGGCUUCGUGCCCUCCACCCUCCCCCUCGCCCGCAUCCCGGAUCCCUACUACUCGCCCUGGGAAGCCGUCGCCUCAAACGUCCACUUCCUCAUCAUGGCCCGCCAGAUCCGCCCCGUCGUCGACUCUCCCGCCUUCCCGCUGCUCUCCGUCGACCGUCUGCGCUCGACCCCAGAGCGCCGCCGCGCCUACUCCAUCCUCGGCUUCAUCGCCCACGCCUACAUCUGGGCCGGGCCCUCGGCAUGCGACCACCUUCCUCCCCAACUCGCCGAGCCCCUCAUCGCCCUCGCCGACGCCCUCGAAGUCCCUCCGCUCGCCACCUACGCCGGCCUCUGUCUCUGGAACCACCGGCCCAUAUUCCUGCCUACCCCCGACCACCCGCACGACCCCGCAUCCCUCGACCUCUCUUCCCUCGCGACCCUCCACACCUUCACCGGCUCCACCGACGAGUCCUGGUUCUUCCUCGUCUCGACCGUCAUCGAAAUCCGCGGCGCCGCCUGCAUCCGCUACCUCCUCGCCGCCAUGCGCGCCUGCCGCGACGACUCCCCGCACGACGCCGUCGUCGCCCUCCAGCUCCUCGCAGAGUCCAUCGACAGCCUGAUCCCGAUCCUCGCCCGCCUUCCCGAGCAGUGCGAUCCCCACACCUUCUAUUACCGUGUGCGCCCUUUCCUCGCCGGCUCGAGAAACAUGGCAGAGGCAGGUCUGCCACAUGGGGUGAAGUACGGCAACGAGCCCGGAUACCGGCAAUACUCUGGCGGAUCGAACGCGCAAAGCAGUCUCAUCCAAGCCCUCGACAUCGCCCUCGGCGUCCAGCACCGGCCCACCUCCGACGCCUCCUCCUCCCCUUCUUCGCGCUCGCAAUCCCCCACCUCGGCGGCUCCGCCCAGCAACAACUUCAUCCACGACAUGAGAGCAUACAUGCCCGGUCCGCACCGCCGCUUCCUCGAACACCUUGAGCUGUGCGCAAACAUCAAGGACUACGUGCACGCCCACAAGCAGUCAAAUUCGGCCCUCACUCUUGCUUACGACGCGUGCUUGGCCGUCCUCCGCGCAUUCAGGGAUAAACAUAUCCAGAUCGUGUCGCGUUACAUCAUCGUCCAGGCAAAAUCACAACCCAGCGCGUCUGCAAAGCAACUCCAACUAAAGCAACAACAACUACAACACCAACACCAGCACCAGCAACAACACCAACAAACAAACAAAAGCGGCCUCGCGAACGUCAUCCUCACCGAAAAGAAAGCAGCCCGCGGAACAGGCGGCACCGCGCUCCUUCCCUUCCUCAAGCAAGCGCGCGACGAGACCGGCGCGCCCGCAGCGGGCUCCUGGGCCGCGCGGUUGUUGCGCGAUGACGCGUUCGUCGUCAGACGCAAGAUGCGCGACGCGAUGGGGUUGGGCGAGCAUCUUGUCGACGAGGGCGAUAAGGUCGUUGGGUUGGCGGGCCAGUGGAGCGUGGAUGAUGAGACGGGCGGGAUCUGUCAUUGGUAGUCUUGCUCUAGUACUAUUUGAUUCCUGCUGGUCAGGAUGUUGAGUAGAGCAUUACUUCAAGAAAAAGCAUUCCGCCGCGGGCCGGCAUUAUCUCUUUACUUGUUUUUUAGUUUUGUUGGUUAUUAGGUGUUUGAAAAUGUUGAAAUGUCAAAAUGUCGGUAUGGUUUAUAGUUCAAUGUGCAUUGCGUUAAUAAAAUGGA